CAAUAUACUAGUAGUACUAGUAAUAGUAUAAAGCUUCCACCGCUCUCUCUUCACUCUCACUUUCUUCAAAACAGUAUGAAUCAUCACAACAUGACACCUAUGAAUUUUCAACAACUUCCUCAUCUCUUCCUACAAGAGAUUCCUAUUUUGGGAAACUCCAGUGUAAUGAAGGCUAAUAUUAAGAAGGAAGAGCCUAAAUGUGCACAAAUGACAAUCUUGUAUGAUGGGAAAGUAAUUGUGUUUGAUGAUGUUCCAGCUGAUAAAGCCAAAGACAUCAUGGACUUUUCCACUAAAGGAAUUACUAGUACUUCACAACACCACAAUAACAACUAUGCUUACUCUUCAUUUCUUGCUAGAAAUUCUCUUCAAGACUGUUAUCAAGUACCAUCUAUACCUGCUAUUUAUGAUUUACCGAUGACUAGGAAAGCUUCACUUCAUCGGUUCUUGGAGAAAAGGAAGGAUAGAAUUGCUGCCAAGGCACCAUAUCAAACAAGCAAUCCAACAACCAUUAAUAAACCAAUUGAUGAAUCUAUGACAUGGCUCUCUUUGGCACCACAAUCACCACAACACAAAUCUGAGUGUAGCUCCUCCUCCACCCAUUAACUGGUGUUGUUUCUGUAUGAACUGGAUCAAUCAGCUGUAUGGCCCUCUAUUUUUGUAGGACUGAGUCCUAUACUCACAAAAGUAUGUAUACAUAUUUGUGAUUGUUGUGGCUCAUGCCUAUUAGUAACCAUGAUAAAGGGAAAAUACUUAGUUGUUAGUUCUGACUGAUCCUAAAAAAAGUGUACUACUUGUUUACUUACAUAACUAUUUAUGUGUGUCUGUUUAGUAUUAUUGUUACAGAAAAUGUCCUCUGUCAUUCUUUUUUCGAUAUUCAAUUUGGUAAUGUAACAGGGUUUUUGAAAUCAAGGCGAUCUUUAAUGUAUUUGAUUUGGCUCUCUUGUGCGUGGGUAAUAUGGAAGGAAAGAAACAACAUAAUUUUCAACAAUAAAGAAAGUUCAAUUCCAGCUUUUGGACAACAUUAAGUUGUUUUUUUUCUGAUGGGUGAAGGCAAAAUUUAAGCAUAUUACUUUUGGGUACCAUUGUUGGACCAACCAUUUUGUUUGUUUGGGCAUCGGUUAAUUGCUUUUUAUUGUUGUAUGUGGUAUGCUUUGUUUGUAAAAUUGUGGUAUUUUACUCUAGUA